AUGCAACAACAACAACAACAACUGCAGGUACAACAAAUGCAGGAACAACAACAACUGGUGGAUCCACAACAACCGGUACACCAGCUACAACUGGAGUUUCAACAACAAGUGGAUCAACUACAACAACUGCGGGGUCUACAACAAAUGGUGCAUCUACUACAACUGAAGGAUCAACAACAACGGAUGCAACAACAACAACUACAGGUUCAACAACAACAUCUGGAGGUUCAACAACAGCUGGUGUACAACUACUGCAAUCUCACCUGCUGCAAAUACAACUACCAGUGCUGCAACUACAGCUACAACUACUGCAACUACAGCUACCAGUGCUGCAACCACAGCUACCAGUGCUGCAAAUACAACUACCAGUGCUGCAACUACAGAUACCAGUGCAGCGAAUACAACUACCAGUGCUGCAACUACAACUACCAGUGCUGCAACUACAGCUACCAGUGCAGCAAAUACAACUACCAGUGCUGCAACUACAGCUACCAGUGCUGCAAAUACAACUACCAGUGCUGCAAAUACAACUACCAGUGCUGCAACUACAGCUACCAGUGCAGCAAAUACAACUGCCAGUGCUGCAACUACAGUUACCAGUGCUGCAAAUACAACUACCAGUGCUGCAACUACAGCUACCAGUGCAGCAAAUACAACUACCAUUGCUGCAACUACAACUACCAGUGCUGCAAAUACAACUACCAGUGCUGCAAAUACAACUACCAGUGCUGCAACUACAGCUACCAGUGCAGCAAAUACAACUGCCAGUGCUGCAAAUACAACUACCAGCGCUGCAACUACAGCUACCAGUGCAGCAAAUACAACUACCAGUGCUGCAACUACAGUUACCAGUGCAGUAAAUACAACUACCAUUGCUGCAAAUACAACUAUCAGUGCUGCAAGUACAACUACCAGUGCUGUAAAUACAACUACAAGUGCUUCAAGUACAGCUACAACUUCUGCAAAUACACCUACCAGUGCUGUAAAUACAACUACAAGUGCUACAACUACAGCUACAACUGCUGCAAAUACAACUACCAGCGCUGCAACUACAACAGCCUCAACUACAACAGCUGCAGCUACAACUGCCUCAACUACAACUACAACUGCUGCAACUACAACGACCUCAACUACAACAGCUGCAGCUACAACUGCCUCAACUACAACUACAACUGCUGCAACUACAACUACAACAACUACUACAACCACCACACCAGUAACGACAACUGCUGAGGCAGUCACAACAAGGCAAUUGAUUUUCAGGUCUGCUGGAGAGACAUUUACAAGUGACUUGCAGAAUCCAUCAUCUGCAGCGUUUAUAAGUCGAGCCUCAAUAAUAAAGUCGACGCUUGAACCUUUCUACCAAGAAGCAUUUACUUCAUUCCGCACAUUGACUGUGAUUUCUUUC